AUGGGAUGCCUUUGUAGCUUCAAGAUUAGGGAAAAACUUGAGUACAAUCAUCGAUUGUCUCGAAAAGGAUAUGCUGGUUUGGAGGAUCAAUUGGAGGAAACCAUGCCUGGGGUAGAAAUUGAUACCUUAUGGAAGAAAGCUAGACAGGACAAACAUGGUAACAUCCCGGAUCCAAAGGUGGCAGAGAAAGCAAAAUUAAUUGUAAGUGAAAAUGGUACUUAG